UUGAUGUAUUGGCGCAGGUAGUCUAGUGUGGAAUGUCUUCAUGCUCGAGUGAUCAUCACAAGAUUUGUUUACAGCCUGACAAUGUUCCACUGUGUGUGAGCUUGACCACAAACCUGGACACAAUGGCGAACGAAGAAAAUGAUGAAAGUUGGAAUAUAAAAUUAAGGCAGGAUACUGAACAGGAAUUUUUCACCGAACUUGCGCUGCACGAAGCUGAACGUUGGAUACAGGCUGUGACCAGAAAGAAAUUCCUAUACCCAGAUGAUUUUAGAAAAUCCUUAGAGAAUGGGGUACUGUUGUGUGAAUUGUUGAACAAUUUGAAGGCAGGGUCGGUUAAAAGAAUUAACAAGCUGCCCACUCCAUUGGCCGGAUUGGACAAUAUUAAUGUAUUUCUCAAUGCUUGUAAAAAGAACUUUGGACUGAAAGAGAAUCAGCUGUUUGACCCCUGUGACCUCGAAGAUUUAUCCCAGCGAGCAAUAUCACAAAGUGAACACUCAUUGCAGCAAGAAGUUGGACGAAGAAAUACUAACGUUGCUAUAACAAUUUAUUGGCUAGGACGGAUAGUUGAGACCACUUGUAGUGGACCACACUUGGAUCAGUCAGCAUUUGCCGCUCUUGUUAAUAUUCAUAGAAAGGAUAUUUUAUCAGACAAACCAGUGCAACAUGAUUCUUUGGAAUGUAGUGGAUAUUCUAGUGCAUAUAGUUCACAUGACGGGAAAGAAGGACAGGGUGAUUCUGUAGACAGAAAACACAAUCGUGAUAGUUCAUAUGAUUCUUUUGGAUCUUACGGUCAUUCUCGAGAAUCUAGUUUAACAGAAGAACUGAACAUGCCUGUGGGAUCAGACAUGCGCCGCUAUGGGAGCACUAAUUCCCUGAACAGAAGUGGAGAAUUAAGAUUGUCUUCAAAUUUAGAUGCAAAUUCGUAUGAUGGAUAUCAUCAAAGUACCCCUGACUUGUCAAAUCCUCACACAAGGACUUCAUCAGUGGACAGUUAUGACGAUUCACAUGGGAAUCAUUCACGGCAAUCGUCAGAUAGUGUUGAUAUCCCUACUAGAACAACUAAAACUCAACGUAGGGUUAGCCAAUCAGAGGAUCCGUUAAAAUUUAUAAAAUUAAAACCGUCAAAAGAUUUAGCCAAACAAGCUGUAGAACAGAUUACAAUGGUUAAGGAGGAAAAACAAGUGAGGAAGACAAUAGAUAGAGAUGAGGAAGACUGGCAGUCAAAUUUAUCAAGUUGGAAGAACAGACGACGGAGGGUGUCUGCUGCUACCAUAGAAAGAGUGGAAGGAGCAGAUGAUAUAAAUAAAACUGAAGAAGAAAAGAAAAAGCCAGCAAAGACAUUUGACCAAAUGAAAAAAGAAAGAGAUAAAAGAAAAAGUGUUGGUCAGUUACCAGUACAUUUCUAUCCUAUAGAAGAUAAUGAAGACUUAUUAUGGGAUGUGAAGACCCCAUCCAAAGCUCCAUCCAAAGCUCCAGCUUCAGGAAUUAAAGAUGCUAUGUCUCGGAUAGAAGGAAAUCAAACAGAAUCUGAACCUAAAAAAACUCCAAUGUUGUCUGCCAAAAGCAGAUCAAAAUCUAUGGGCAAUGCAUUCACGGGAUCAGGAGUGUCUGCAUGGGCUGACAGAGACAAGGAACAGAAGGAAACAUCUUAUAAAUCAAAAACAGAAAACAGAAGUAGUCGAACAUUAGAUGAAAAUCAUAACGCUGAAAAACCACCAAAUCAAAGUGCACGAAGAUUAUCCAAUAAAUUCAGUAGUAUGUUGAAAAGUUUUGAAAGUAAGGAAGAUAAUGAGACACCGAAGGUCUACGAAAAACCACCAAGAAAAUCAUUCGAAUUCAGUAGUGUUGACGCAAAAUCGGAUAAAUUUAAGGAUCCUAAAAUUUUGGAUACACAAACUGCUAGAUCCACGUUAUCGCCACAAAAAAAGCCUGAGCCAACUAGGCCUAAGAAUUAUAUUGAAAAGGAUAUAAAAAUAAAGCAAAAGUCACACAAUCCAAAAGGUUUUGGAAUAACUGUUAUUGGUGGACAAGACAAGAAGCAGCCAGUGAUAAUUGAGAAAGUUAACUUAGAUUCAGGGGUUUCUAUAUUUGUAGAUGGUAGCGCUGCUGAUGUAUGUGAAGUUCAAGCCAAAGAUGAGAUCAUUUCUGUAAAUAACCGUGAUAUCGGCAUCAUGACACAAGCUAUGGUCCGCAAGGUCAUUGAUGAUGCUAACAAGAAAGGAGAGUUAGAAAUCCGUGUUAGAAGAUAUAAUGCAGAGGACUCAGAAGAAGAAGAAGAAGAUGAGGAGGAGGAUGAAGAUGACGAUGCUUUCCAUCCUUCUAUAAAUUCCUCUGUAGAACCUGACACCUCUUUCUCUACAAAGUCAACGUUCCAACCUUCACGGACAUCAUCGAGGGUAUCUGAGUCUCCGUCAACUCCUGAACCUACACAGAGGACAAGGUCAUCAUAUCAAACAUCAUCUUUAUCUCGUAGAACAGAAUCACCAUCUUCCCAAGACUCACCACUAAGGUCACAUGACCCUUCACCAGCCUCUAGAACUACAGAGUCACCACAAAGGUCACAUGACCCUUCACCAGCCUCUAGAAAUACAGAGUCUUCCUCCACAGAUGAGACACCACGAUUUGCAAGAUCUACACAUGAAUUCUCUGCAAGAACUAGACCUUCACCAGAGAAAACUAUUGAGAGGGCUCCACCAAAGGAGGAAGUUAUUACAACAACAGUCACAAAAGUCACAGAAUCCUCACCUAAGCCAAUUGAAAUGGAUACAUCACUACCUCCAUAUCAACGAAGGAGGCAGAGGCCCAAUUAUACCUUUAAUACACAAGAAGAUACAGAACCGAAGACAAGUAUACUGACAGAACUAGGACGUGAAAAAGAAUGGAUCAUGGAGCAAAUGUCAGGGGCUAAAUCAUCUACAAAUGAAGAGAAAGUCACAGAAAGAGAAGAAGUUGCCAUAGAAGAGCAGAUUAUUCCACAAUCCAAACCCACUGAGGAAUCUUCCUACCAUAGGUCAUACACAUCAUAUAACAAGACUGAAGAAGAACCAGUCACAAAAGAGGAACCAGUUCUACAACAGACCUCCCCAUCAUAUGAAAAGAUAGAGGAAGAAAAACCUACAAUAAGAGUUCACAGGUCAAGACCUCCAGAAGAGGACACAUCCAGGAGAGUAAGGGAAAUUCCUGUCACCAGAGCCCCAAAGCCUGAAGUGAACCACAUAGAUCUACCUGUACAUACACAUCACAGAGAAGAUAGACAUGAAGAUCUAAGUCCAAGCCAAUCAUCUGGUGGCUUUGGUCCACCAGAAAUUCUACGAAGAUGGCAAAGACCUCGUCCACGGUCUGAGUAUUCCAGUAGCAGUAGUAUUAAUAAUGAUGACAAAAGAUUAAGUGCUGCCUCUUUAGAUUCUACUGCUUCGUCUCCCAGAUUUCCUGAAGAUGAUAUUGCACAGAAUCAUAUGAAUGGUGCUAAACCUCAUGCAGUGGUUGGUCAGUCUGUUAUAUUAGAAUUCACACAAGAACCUUCCACACAGUCUUUUAACAUGUCUGCUCCAUCUCAGAGCAACAAUGCCUCUGGUUCAUCACUGGUCAUAGACCCCAGAAACAGAAUGGAUGAAAGUGAUGUAAGUCUUCCACAGUACAACUUCCAUUUCAAUAUAGGAGACAAUAGUUCCAAAGAAAAAGAACAGUUACAAUAUGACCUUGAAGCUGAAAGGGAGAGAAUUAGACAAGAAGAAAAGGAAAGGAUGGAAUAUGAAAGGAGACAAUGGGAGGAAGAAGAACAAAGAAGAAUCCAAGAGAAAGAGGCACAAUUGAGGGAGGAAGAGGAGAAACUUCAAAGAGAAAAGCAAAGGAUUGAGGAGAUGAAAGCUUCGAUGGAGCGUGAAAAGAUGGAAUUAAGUAAACAUCAGAAUGACAAUAGGAAUAGUGACCAAUAUAAUACAUAUAGUGAUAAUAAAUAUGGAAGUGAUAGAUAUUCAAGGUCAAGGCCAGAAAAUCAUAAUUUUUCUGCCUAUGCUAAUUCAAAUUCCACACCAAGAACAUUAGAUACUUCUUCAUCUUGGAGAUCUAGUCAUCCAAAAGAGGAACCACAGCAACGAGAAAAUUUGUCAAGGGAGGAUAUGUUAGCGAUGAAUAGGACGGCAAAGCCUUUUAGUAGGCGACCUGAAAAUGAACAGCAAAACAAUGCAAAUGAUAAUCAUGUUCAAAGAGACAAUUUAUCAAAAGAGGAUAUACAUGGUUUAAACUAUGCUCCAAGACCAAAAAUUCGUAGUUCACAAGACUGGAUACAAAAUAAUGAUAGCGGAAGUAAACAUUCUUCAAGAUCUGAAAGUCCUAAUGAACAUUGGUUAAUAGAAGAGGCUGAAAGACGGAGAAAGUCCGGUCACACGCCUGGCUAUCAAACAGGACCAAUUCAACCAAAGAGUGAUAUUUUAUCUAAUCGUUGGCAGAACGACAGACAUGGUCAACCUUCUGGGUCAGUGUCCCCUCAGAACACUAGGAGUUAUGAAGUUAAACAGUUUAGUGCUAAAUCUCAAAACAAAUUGAAUCAGACACUUCCAGCAAAUUUUAGUAUUGGAAAUAUCAAACCAAAGCCUAUGCCUCCUGUACCCCCAAAACCAGGACGUAACUCUAACAGCAAUUUCUCAUCAUCAACUAGAGCUCCAUCAAACUUGUCAUCACCAACGUCACCUUCAUCGCCAAAAAGUUACGCUGAACAAGUUGUAGCAGUCAGUGGUAAACAGCUUUGUUCACAUUGUAGUCAAGAGCUAGGUUUUGGAGCAGCCAUGGUGAUAGAGUCUCUAGGUUUAUACUACCAUGUACAGUGUUUUAAAUGUUGUGUAUGUCACUCAGCCCUUGGUAAUGGAGUACAAGGGGCUGAUGUCAGAGUUAGAGUCAACAAAUUACAUUGUCGCAAUUGUUAUAGUAAUGAGGAAGCUGGAUUGAAAUUCAGCAAAGUUUGAUAGAGAACACCAUAUCACCAUGUGACAACUGCAUUUGAACAAAAAAUAGGAUAAAUCAUAUUAUACAUUAAUAGACACAGUCAAGAUAGUAUCAUGAAAAAGUCUCCAUCCGAGGAUAUCCAGAAGCUGUAGGGUUAUUCCUGGGGAAACAUCAGAGUAAAUGUUGAAUCAACAUGGGGAUGUUGAGUGUGCUGUAAAAACACAAUUAAUCAUACAUGGAUUAUUACAAUAUUUAAAAAAAACAACAGAUUUGAAAUACUUUUAUUUAUACUGACAACAUCUUCAUAUUUCUGAAACAGUAUUCUUAGUAAAAACAUAUGUUAGACAUUGAUCGAAAAAACCAUGUUACACAUAAUGUAAAAUAUUAAUUAAUAAAAUGACAAUAAAAUAUAUAUUUCAAGAUUCGAGAGUUGCAUAUUUAAAAACAUGAUUAGAGAUCGAAUUCAGAAUAUUAUAUAUUUAGAUUAAUGGUUGAUUUUCAUUGGUUGAUAGUUACUCACAUGUUAUCCGAUCAAUUAUGUUAUAUCAGUUCACAUUUCUUAUAGUCUGUUGAUUCUCCCCAUUGCCUCAUUGUUUUGCUUUCAAAUUGGUAAAAAUUAGAUAUAGCAGUUAACCAGGAGUUUAUAUAUUUUGAAAUCCAGAAAUAUUCCUGGCCUUGUAGGUAUGAUAAGGUUUUAUGUUCUAAAGAAAUUAAAUUGUUUUAGGUAAAUAGUGUUUCAGGGCAAUCAGAUUUCUUGAAACUACAUGAACAAUUCACAAAAGUUAGAAGGUGAUCUGAAAUAAGUUAGAAAAAAGAUCUUAAGAAUGUCAUGAAGGUUAUUUUAUAAAAAUGGAAAGUGGCUAUUUUGUGCAUGCAUGCUAAACAUCAAAUAUGAGGAAGAAAACAGGAAUAUAUAUAUAUUAAUAAUUGGUUUAUCUAAAUUGAUAUAUAAAUAGAAAAUACAUUACUUCUGUGGAUUCAUUUAUUUUCAAUGGGUACCAACUUUAUUGGAUUGAGGAAAACAUACAUUUUCAUGGAUAUUUGAUCUUGUGAUUUGCCAAAGUCUGCAUAUAUUCCUAUGGAAAAAUUGUAUUCCAUUGGACAUUUGAUUUCAUGUCUCCUGGGUGCCUACAAAUCUAAGGAAAUUGGUAUCCAUUGAAUAAUAAUGAUCCAUAGUAUACAAGUUUCAGUUCUUGUUUCAUUUCCAAUAAAUUAUAUCCGAUUGUUAUAAACAUGGAUGCAAUAAAAAAUGUAUGUGCCUUCAUCUAAAUCAUUGAAUUUGUUUGUUUUGUGUUUAAUGGAUAACUAUGUAUGUGCUUUUAAUUGACCAAGUGUUGGAUGUUAACUUUGUGAAUACACAGCAUUAUGAGAAAAUAUAUAAUCAAAUGUGUGGUAUGUCCUAUUAUAUGACUUGUGGUGCAUAUAUAUACAUGUGUCAAAGAAAAAUCUUGUUAGCUGUGAUCAAAAGUGAGAUGUGAAUUUUUUACACGACAUGUUUAACUCUGUAAAAUGUUUAAGUAUAUAUCAAUAUAUUCAUGAUUGUGUCUCCAUUUUAACUCCAUUUUACAUAGAGUCAAUUUUAUAAAUAGCAUUGUAUGUAUAUUUAAAUGUACUAAAAUAACAUUCCUUUUAAUAUAUAUUGUUUAAAUGGGAAGCUGCAAUCCACUUUGUGUCCAUAUAUUUGAUGAUUGUGCAGAGGAAUGACUGUGGGUGGAACCAUAUGUGUUAACGGAUUUCAAAGCUGUAGGAAAUUUGUUUUUUAGAAUAUAUUUUUUUAAAAUAAAUAUAAGUGCUUAAGUCUUGGAUGAUAGUUUGCAAGUGAAUGAAAAAUGUGAUUUGGGUUCUCAGAUUUAGUUGUAGAACAAAUUGAAGGUUUUAGCUCCAUAAAUCAACAUGUAGGUGUUUCCCUUUAUGAAGACAAUGUAUACAAAUAUAAAAAAUAGUAAUGAUCUUUUUAUGAAGUAAACUUAUGAAUUUGUUAUUGUCAACUUGGUAUACAAUUUAAAUGAACUCGAUAAAACUGAAAUUUAUUGUUCCAAAGAUAUGUAUGAGUGAUAAAGAGUAAACAAAGUGUAAUGAAUGAGGAAUGCAUGUUGAAUUGGUAAGUUUGCAAAUAUCUAAAUAUCUGUGAAAGUUUUUCAACAUAUAUGUACAGUUCAAAUAGUGAAAACAAAAUUGCUGUUAAGGAUUUACAGUAUAGUUGACAUAGAAUAUAUAUCCAUGACAUUGUAAUUAAAUCAGUAUAUUAUAUAUGAGAAAUUAUGAUAGUGGUCAGGAACUAACUUAUUCUGUUAUGACCAAUAUGAAUUUGCUACAUUUAAGAAAUUAUUAGUUUGUUGCUUAAAGGUGAUAAAUCCUCAUUAUUAAAAAAAAGAUGGGACCAUUAUAUUACAUAGGUUAUUACUUAAUUUGACUUUUCAUUCCAUAUCAUAACAAACUAUAGUUGUAUGUUAUUGCGGUCUUUAGAAAUGAAAUAGACUACAGUAUUUAUAUCAGUUGCUGGAAUUGAAUUUCAAAGUGUCUUGUAGAAAUGUUAUCCAUUUUUGCUCAUUUAUCGUUUGUUCCUGUAGAAUCAGGAUGUCAUUGUCUCUGAAUCUUGAUCUUUUGAGAGAAUAUUCAUUUUACUGGUCUGAUGCUUUAAUAAUUUGAUAACACAUAUGAUUUUAUAAAACUGGGAUAUCUGUAAUUGAAAUGGAUUUAAACAUUGGAAUAUCAAAAUUAUUUGAAGUAGAAUGAUACAUAGUUAUAGACUUUAUAGUAUCAUAUAUCAUCUUUUGUAAUAAAGAACUUCCUUUAGUUUAUCUCUCUUCAAAAACAUUUUUUUAUGCAUUAAAUAUUAAAGAAAUAUUUAAUUAGUAGUGAGGAAUUUGUCCAUUCUUUUGAUGUUUCAACACUUGAAUUUGCCGUUUAAUUAGGGACUAUAAGUUUUGAAUUUUCCUCUGAGUUCAGUAUUUAAGUGAUUUUACCUUUAAUACCAGACAUUGAAAAAACAUUAGGAGUAUAAAAGCAAAAUUUGAAUUGUAUUCCUUAAUCAAGAAUCAUUUCUCCCCAUAAAAGCAUGUUUACUGAAGUCUUCCUUCAAAAGAUCAAGCUAUCUUUGUAUCUCAUACAUUGCCAUAGAACAAUUUAUGUAUUGGCUUAUUUAUUAUUAAUAUUGUUAUAAUUCAUUACAAUCAGAAGCUUGCUGACAUAGUGCAGCAAUAAAUAUUGCAAAUAAUAUCAAAUACAUUUUAUGUAUGAAAUAAUAAUAAAAUGUAUAAACACAA